AUUUUUUACCCCUAGACCGGUUGAUCUAUAACUUGCAAACCAAAUUACACCUCCAUACACAGACAGUUUCAAUGGAGUUGAUAACAAAUUCAGAUGAUCCAGUUCUUUCUAAGCUACAACUAGCAUGUUCCGAUAUCAAAACCCUGCUCCAUAAUUCGACCAGCCUCGAAAAAUGCUUAGAGAAAAUGGAUGAAAAUUUCGAUGCCAUACAAGAAAACGUAACAGUGGCAUCAAGAAGAGUAGCACCUUUACAAUCACUGUCCAUUGGGGCUAAAGCUCUCGAAACUAGAAUAAACCGAGCCAUUUCUCCGGCUCUUGCACUUCUCGACAGCUUCAAACACUCCGAGUCCCUCCAGCGUAGGCUUCUUGACAUAGCUUCGAAACUACUGAACGAGAAAACUUUGAAAGACAGGCUCAAAAUGUUGAUCAAGUAUGUGGACUGCGUUGAUGAAUUGAACAUCUCCUUGACUUCCAUUAGCCAAGAGAGUGAGCCAGCAAUUCAAAAACUGCAAGAAGUGGUUGAGUAUUUGAGCAGGACUAAAGCCACUGAUCAGUACAGAACGCACCGUUUGAGGGAGACUUUGAUUACUCUGAAAGUGCUAUACGAGACAGAGGUCGAUUCAAUGAGAUUUGAUGGGCUUCUUGAUGAGGCCUUGUUGAAUUUGCAAGAUGAGUAUGAGAAUUUGUUACAGCAGUUAAGGCAUCAGAAUAUGGGGGAUGAUAUGAAUGAAAUGGUGCCGGAGAAGCUGGGUACUGAACUGGAGCUCAAAGUUGUUAGACGAAUUUCAGGGACAUUGGCUGCAAAUGAUUGUCUUGAUAUAUGCAUUGACAUCUUUGUGAAGGUGAGAUAUAGAAGGGCAGCCAAAGCAUUGAUGAGAUUAAGCCCGGAUUACCUGAAAACUUGCACUCCAGAAGAAAUUGAUGAAAUGGAAUGGGUAAGUUUGGAGACUGCAAUAGCUCUUUGGAUCCAACACUUUGAACUUGCUGUAAAAGUAGUUUUUGUGACCGAGAAGGACUUGUGCAACCAAGUACUGGGAAACAUAAUGGAAGGAAUGGUAUGGCCCGAAUGUUUCGUUAAGAUUGCUGAUAAAAUCAUGGCUGUCUUCUUCCGAUUUGGAGAAGGAGUUGCAAGAAGUGACAAAGAACCCCAGAAGUUAUUUAAGCUUUUAGACAUGUUUGAUUCAUUAGAAAAGCUUAAACCUGAAUUUUCCGAGAUUUUUGAAGGUGAAGCAGGAGCUGAUAUUUGUUCUCGAUUCAGAGAACUCAAGAAACUCCUUGUCCAUUCAUCGACUAAGGUCCUUUGGGAGUUUGGGCUUCAAAUCGAAAGCAAUCAAGAUGGUUUGCCUCCACCUCAUGACGGUUCAGUUCCUAAACUUGUUCGAUAUGCUAUCAACUACCUCAAAAACCUUGCCGUGGAUAGUUAUAGUGCACCAAUGGCACAGGUACUCAGGACUGAUCAAUUAUGGAAAGCUGGCAUACUUUUGACUCCCGAAACUGAUGAAAUUUUACUCAAAGAUGCCAUUUCCAAUGUCAUGGAAGCGAUCCAAAGGAACAUCGAAACCAAGAAAUCACUUUACAAGGACAAAGUACUCCCUCACAUCUUUGCAAUGAACACGUAUUGGUACAUUUACAUGAGAACACGAAACACAGAACUUGGGAAGCUAUUGGGAGAGCAAUACAUGAAAAAAAGGUAUAGACAUGUUGCCGAAGAAUCCGCUUACUUAUACCAGAAGCAAGCUUGGGGGACUCUUGUGAGAUUGCUUGACACAGAAGAAAUUAAGAGAGCCAAUAAAGAUGGCAUUGGAGUUCUAAUAAGAGGGAAAAUGGAUGCUUUCAUGGAUGGAUUUGAUGAGAUGUGUCAGAGGCACAGAAGCACUUACAGCAUUAUUUCUGAUGCAGAUUUGAGAGAACAAAUGAAAGAAGCCACUGUUACGCUUGUGCUGCCUGCAUAUACUGAGUUUCUCAACAACUAUUCUUCAUUUUUGGAGUUUAAGUCUAAUAUGUCACCAGAAUUACUCAACGAUUUAUUGAACCAGAUUUUUGAGGGUGUUGAUCAGGUAGCUGAUGGCAAGUCGAAUCUUCAUCGAUGGAGCUCGAGUGAUCUUAAACAUAGUAGGAGAUCAUUGAUUGAUCAAACUCAUGAAAGCAAAGAUAUUCCAUGAUCCCAAUCCUCCAGAUUUGAAAUUAUGGAUUGUACAAGUAAAUACUCAAUACACAAGUCUUUAAAUCAGAACGAUUCAUGAAGUGUUAAGCAUUGUAUCACUUAUCCUGUAAAACUCAUAAAU